UCGCUCGCUCGUGCACACGCUCCGCCUUCUUCCUGCCUUCCUCCUCCUUCUCCCGGCCGGGCUCGCUGAAGGGGACGGGCGGGCGAAGGCAGUCACAGGAGGGACCGCAUUCGCCGGGUGGCGGACACCCCACCCCACCCCCCCGGCUCGAUAAGCGGUUUGUGAGAUCCAGGACACACUAAGGGAUUAUCUGCUUAAGUUUUUUUAGUCUGCAAAGGUGUGAACCAUGGCUGACUUCGACCACAACCUGAGUCUGGCGGACGCCCUGACGGAGCCACAGCCGCAGAUCGAGGAGGAAGUGAAGCGGGAUUUCAUUGCCACCCUGGAGGCGGAGAAAUUUGACGACAUGGUUGGGGAAACGGUUGGCAAAACGGACUACGUCCCUCUUCUAGACGACGACGACCCAAAGCCUGGGAACCAGGAUGUGAAAACCAAACCCCAUGCUGACAACGUCCCUGCGGAGCGUACGUCAGCGACUGGACCAGCUGCUGUGGUCGAGAAUGGCGACCAUGGAAUAGAAGGCACAAGAAAGGUGUCCCCAGGAAAGAUCAUGGAUGAAAAGAUGUCCUACAAGGAGUUUCUGGACCGCAAUGACUCAUGGACAAUGGACGACAGGGCCCAUUGCUUUGAGCCACAGCCAGCAUUUAAGCCCAUGGAUGUGACAGAGCCUUUUAAGAUGCACCGUGAAGACGUCCUGUCCGACCUCCUGCUGCUUCCUCAGGAAAUGACGAAUGUGCCACCUUUCGGGGAGUAUUUUGGAGCUUCGCAAGAAGUCCAUGCACCUUACGGAGUUGCAGGGGUGCCUGAGCAGCCCCUUCUGGGGCCCCAACAUCCUCCUGCAAAUAUUUUUGACCCCAUGGCCUUCCUCGAUUCCGGGGCAGAGUCUCUGCUGAACCAGAACGAAGCAGCACCUGCAGGAGAGACGGGACUUCCUGAAGAUUUCUGGUUGAGACCUCAGCACUUAGCAGAGGGACAAGGAACACCUUUCUUUGAGCCGCCAGCACCCAGCAAGACCCUGACGACCUUUCCAGGAUGCUCCGACACAGGUCUGGUAGACGUCACAGAGCCCAAUCCACCAGAGUCAAAGCAGUCCGCGCCAGCAGCUUCUCCUGCAGUUGGAGGUCCCGGGCCUGCCCCUGCAGUGGAAGAGCUGAUGGGGUUUGAACCGUCAUUUGACCAGAAAUCUCUUCCUCUCAAAGAAUCCAUGGCAGGCUCUCCAGAAGCUGAAGUGACGAAGGAGCAGAAAGCAAAGGCCGCAGACACUACAGCUCCAGGUACCGGCGGUUUUCCUGUGCUGGGGAAACAGGAGGAGAGCUGGCCUUCCCCCAUCCAGCACAAGGAGAAGGAAGAGACCAGCCAGUCUCCCAGCCAGAAGGCAGAGGAGCUCGCAAGAAAGACUCCUCCCAGCCAGAAAGUGGACGACAGCCAGCCUUUCUUCAGCCAGUGGGGAGAGGAGAAGGAGGCAACCGCAGCAACCAAGCCUCCCGCCCAGAAAAUGGAGGAAGCCAAGCCCCCUCUCAUCCUCCCCACGGAGGAAAAGGAGAGGCCGCCCCCAAGCCCAAAAGUCGAAGAGCCAAAGGCUCCUCCCGCCCAGCACACAGAGAAGGUCGCCGAGGGCCAGCAUGCACAGGAGGGGGCGAGUAAAGCUGCUCCAGCCCCGAAAGCAGAAGAGCCCAAUGCUUCUCCCAGCCAGCACUUAGAGAAGAAAGCGGAAGAGAGCAAGAUCUCUCCCAACCAGCCCGCUGCGAGCCAAGAAGGGGCCAAGACGCCUUCUUCACCCCUCCAGCCCUGGGAGACCUUCACUGCUCUGGAGAAGCUCGGGGAGAAGGACAAACAGCCUCCCAGCAAGCCUACCGAGAAGCUGGAGGAGAACAAGCAGCCGCUGUCGGUUCCACCUGUGGCGCCUCUUCCGGAGCCUGCAGCAGAGUCGAAGGAACCGGUACGCCCGGGAGAGUCCAAAGCAGACGCUAAGGAGCCCUUGGCUGCUGUUGUGGAAGUGGCCAAGCCAAAGGAAGCGCCUGAACCUCGCCCUGACCAUCCCGCGGAGCUUCCUCAGGGAAAGGCCUCCCUGGAUCCUGCAGUAAUCCCUCCGGUACUCGAGCAACCUUCCUAUAUUCCAGGUGCGCUUCCUGCCCAAGGAAGACACGCUAACAAACCUAGCGACCACCACCGCAGGGUUGGCAGAGCGAAACCUGCCUGGCUGCCUGCAGCGGAUUCCCCGGAGGAGCUUCUUGUAGGUCUCCCAGCUUCACCCAGGAGCCACAACCAAGGAGGCGACCCCUUUUCGGUGACAGAGUGCAGUGGCUUUGUCGCUGGGACAUCCCCCCGGAGCAGAGCUCCUUACAGGAAGGCAGCCGGCCAGGCGUUUGAGUUUACAGAGGGCGCGAGGGAGAGUUGGGACCUGGAAGCUUCCACGGCACUGAAGAAGAAGAAGAAAAAGCAGAAGCAGAAGAGGGUCCAGCAGCCAAGGGGGGCAGAGAUGUGGGAGGAAAGCUCCGAAAGGCCGCAAGCUCCCCUGUGUGCUCCUGAACCCCAAAAGCCCGAGGUCCCCUUUACUGAGCCCAAGAGGAGCGUUAAAGAGGUCUCAAGAGCCCCUGUGGAAGUCACCAGGAAGGAUCCUUCGGUGCUUGAGAGAGAGGGCCAAAUUCUGGACAGCCUUGCCCCGGUUUCUGUAAAAGGAGAGCUGGCCCUUCAGGCUGCUAAUGUGUUGGAUGCAACAUCAGGAAGAUUUGGCCAAGUGGAAGAGAUGAGGGAUGGCAGCUUGAAAUCGCCAUCUAAAAGCAGGGAGCCUCUUGAGGAGCAGCUGAAGCGCCAUGUCCAGAAGAAUCAGCCAGGAAGCCCCACCUGGCCACAGGCCAGUCCUGUGGAAAUGACACCCUUUGGGACAAGCAGGAAAUCGGAGGAAAGCUCAACUCACAAGGACUCGGUCCCCAUUGUCCCCACUUUGGAGGCCAAACCUGCGGUGAGCAAGGAAGCUGAGGUCCUGCUUAUGAAACCAGCAGCUGCGGGUGAGAAGGUCACCCCAGAUGGCCCGGCUCCUUUGCAGGAGGUUCUGGUGGAGGAGCCCAAGAAGGAAGAGAAGGGCAGGAAGGGCAGAAGUCCUGGCGGGGGAGCUGCCAAAUCUCCCACUAAAGCAAAGGCCAUGGAGCCGGCCAUGGAAACGAGUUCUCCCGAUAAGAGCAAGGAGAAAUUCCCUGUUGCGCCAGAGUCAAGUCCCCCCAGGGAGUGUUCGCCGGGCAAUGCACAGGGGAACAGCCCCGCAAAAAGUGCCACGCUUGAUUUUGGUUCGGCAGAAACCCCCUUUUUCUUGGAGAGCAAGUCUGAUCUGGGCAAGCCCUUCGCUCCCGCCAAGACACCUGGCAGCGCUCAAGCACCUUCCACUGAGAUGGGCAAGGGAGCCAGCUCCGGCACACCAGAACAGCCGACUGGGGCACAGGCUAAGAAGAGGGGCAGCGAUGGCAGAAGCAAGCGAGUUAAGAAUCCUCCGGCGCCACGGCUCUCCCUAUUGGAGGACCAGGCUGAUGGGGGCAAAGCGCCGGGGGCGGAGGAAGCUGUGACCCCUCCUGAAAGCAGCAUGGCAGCCAGAAGCCCCGAGGCAGCUGGCUUCUCCAGCUCAGCGGACAGCAAAGCAGCUCCUGCAUCUGCGGUGUUGCAAGAUAAACCAAAGAGGAGCAGUGAGGGGAAGAGCAGGAAAGCCAUGAAGAGAAGCUCAAUGGGGGCGUCGUUUCCUCCAGCAGCAGAGAGUGGCACUGGCCCCUCGCCUGCUGAAGCGAGCAGAGCUGACCAGAGUAAAGAAAAUAAUGAUUCCAGCAAAGGAGCUGACCUCUUAGCUGCAAGCCAACUCAGGGAAGCUUCUGCUGCAGAUACGACAGAGCUCCAAGCUCCUGCUGCGACCUCCUUGAUGGAGAAGAUUCAAGGGCCUCCAACCGGCAGAAGCGAAUGGGUCGACUUCCCUUCCUCGGCAUACCCUUUCAUCUUGGAGACACCAGCCAAGGCAGGUCCUCCCGAAGCCAAUGGAGCCACCGUGCUUGGUGAGAGCAAAGGGCCCAGCUUCGCCGUUUUGGAGAGCCCCACUUCAGCCCUGCCAGGGAGCAAGCCCAAAAAGAGGAACAGCGAUGGGAGGAGCAGAAAGUCUGGGAAGACUCCACCAGAGCAGCCGUUUCUGCCAGAGGCAGCUUCUGACCUGAGCAAGACUUCCGAGAAGGCUGACGGUACCCCUAAAGAAUCAGGCACUGCUGGCAGAGGUGUCACCCCUCCGCUUGAACAGCCAGAGAACAGUGAAGCGCAGGUUGCUGCUGCAAAACCAGUGGGUAAAUCUGAAAGAAAGGAGGAGGGGAGUUUGGACACAGCACCGAAGAAGAGUGGCUUUGAGCAGCUGAUCGCUUCUGAUCCAAAAACCAGCACCGCAAAGCAGGAACUCUUCGCUAAAGACACAGAGAAAGGUCAGGAAGCCAGUCUAGAGCCUAGAGACAGGACAGAAUUACCAAAAUUCCCCCACCCCUUUACAGAGCCAGCAGCAGAAGAAGCGAGGAAAGGGGAUGUAGGAGGGCAGAGCCACCAGGUUUGUGUCCAAUCCUUGGAAGCAAAGUCUGAACCUGCCAGGCUAGCUGCUGAACAUGGGGAGGUGGCUAAAAUGGAAGAGGCCCCAUCCCCGAGCAAAAUCAAAGAGAAAGACCGUCCCUUGAAGGAGGCAAGAGAUGCAGGGCAAGGUCCUGAUGUGGGCAGAACAUCCAGAGGAUCAGAGGCCAAGAAUAGAAAAGAAAAGCUGAGUUUGGAAUGUCCCUUUCUUUGGGGGGAAGCCAAAGGGGAGGCAGGCGCACUUUUGGGGGACCAAAGAGAAGAUGAACAGAAAGAGCCCCCUUCUCCUCGAAGCAGCAAGGAGGGAAGCGGUGGCGGGUCUGCGGUUGCCAGUAAGCCAGACCCUGCUGCAAAAGCUGCAAAGAGGGGCAACGACAGGAAAAGCAAGAAGGCAGCGAGUGGCCCUGACCAACCCACCUUGCAUGCAAAGGUGGAUCCUACAAACCAUGAGCAGCAUCCCAAAUUGGCUGGGUUCCUCCAAGGCGUGGAGGAAAUGGAGUUUGUAGACGAGAACAGGAAUAUCAAAAGCCUUCCCCCAGGGCAUCAGAUACACUGGGAAGAGAACAGGAUGAGCUUGUUUGGCCCCUUUGCUCCCCCCAGUGCUGGAGGUCUUGACGAAGCCCCUUCCAAAAGCCCAGGGCUGGGGUGCCCCUUUCUAGAAGACCCAGGCAAGUUCAUGAGCGAGCUGAGCAAGGAGCAGCUUUUUCUUUCCGAAAUGCUGAAGGAUGCCAGUAAAAGCGACCGGGAGGCUCAGCAUGAGCCGAAGGAGAAUGUGGCUAAGUUGGGAGGCCACGAGGCCGUGAUAGAGGCUUCCCUUUUGCUGAAAGCGGGUGACGAAACAAGGGAGAAAAGGAAGAAAAGCAAGAGACCCCAUGCCAAGCAGGAGCUAACAGCAGGAAAGGACAAGGCAUUCAGCUCCGUCCUGGAUGAAGAUGGGAAGGAAACCUUGGUGGAGAAAACGCAAGGCUCUGGACCUGGCCCCUCGGAACUGCCAGCAAAAGAGGUGCCCAAGGAGACUGCCCUGCUGGUUGCUGGGACGGAAGGAAACGGAUCCGUUGGAAAAGAAACCAGCACCCCUUCUGGGGAAUUGCCACCCCUUUGGGAGAACAAGAGAGAAGCAGCAGUACUCCAGGCACUGACAACUGCGCUCGUUGGUGGCACCGAAGAGCCAGAUGAAAAAGGCAAAGGAGCUGAACCAAAGACCUCUGAACGUCCGGAUAGUUUAGGAAGUAAGGCAGGGGCAGAUAAGGUCCCAGAGGAUGUCCACGGGGAGGAAACUGCUUCUGCUCCUAAACCAAAAGACCCAUUCAAACCCCUGAAGCUGGAUGAUGUGAAGGAGCCAGAGAUCAACCUCCCAGCGCAGGCGGCCAGCAAAGAGGAAGAGGCACAUCUGCCAAGCCGGGCAGCCGAACCAAAGGGCACGCAGAGUUCUGGCUCUGAAGCCGGCGAGCUGAUCCCGCAGGCGGUGGCUGGCGGUGGCGACCAAGGAGCGAGAGAGACGAAGAAAGAGGAGAGGAGAGCCCGAGCCGCCGAGCAAAUGAAAGGCUACAUGAGACCCACAAAGUCGAGAGGGCUUCCUCUCCCGCCGCCGCCGUCGAGAGUCGCGGCUGUGCAAGAGCAAGGGAGGAGAAGGCUGGCGAAAGCGGACGGCCCAAAUCUACAAAGGCAAGAGAAAGCAAAACCAGAAGAGAUCAAACCAGCCGCCGAGGUCGUGGCAGCAAACGACAUCGCGGCCCCUCCAAGCAAGGAGCUUCCGCCGAGCCCCGAGAAGAAAGCCAAGCCUUCAGCCUCCACUUCAGCAACAAAGCCUGCAGCAGCAGCAGCGGCGAAAACCAAGGCCGCCCCCACUGCUGCCGCUGCCGCUGCCCCUGCCAAGCGGCCAGCGUCCACUGCUAUGCCAGGCCAAAACAAAAAAGCCACCAGCCCUACCGCAGCCACCACCCCUAAACGCCUGGCGACAAGCACCGCACGACCCUCCUCCUUAACUCCUAAAGAGCCCAAACCGAAGGGGACAGACGCAAAGAGCCCCGAUAAGCGGACCUCCCCUUUGAAGCCCCCGUCCGCUACGACUCCUCGGCCGGCCGCAAAAAGUAGCCCAGCCACUCCCAGGCCGUCGACGGCACUAGCAAGUACGAAUGCACCGAGCCCACGAAGUACAGCCACUUCCCCACCCAAGAGGCCCUCCACCAUCAAGACAGACGCAAAACCUGCCGAUGCCAAGAAGACCGUCGCAAAAUCGCCAUCAGCCGACCUCAGCCGUCCAAAGAGCGCCCCGGCCUCCACCGCUGCCAAAAGCAGCGCCACCACCCCGACCGCUGCUGCCCCCGGCCUUCCUGGAGCAGCUGCUAGCCGGCCCAAGCCAGCCACACCCAGGCUCUCGGGGACUGGGAGCUCUGCUGCUGAGCCCAAGAAGGCAUCCACACUCAAAGCCGCACCAAAAACCAGCCCCAUUGCCAAGCCUCCCCGGCCCCCCACCAGUAGUGUGUCCGCCCCUGACCUGAAGAACGUCCGCUCCAAGAUCGGCUCCACGGACAACAUCAAGCACCAGCCGGGUGGAGGACGGGCAAAAGUAGAAAGAAAGGCAGAGUCCGCUGGGGCUGCCCGAAAGCCCGAACUCAAUGCAGUAUCUAAAACGGCCCCCACUAAAACGGCUGUUUCAAAAGAGGGCGCCCCAAAGCAGCCCAAUGGGAAAGUCCAGAUAGUCUCCAAGAAAGCCAACUACAGCCAUGUCCAGUCCAAGUGUGGGUCCAAGGACAAUAUUAAGCAUGUCCCUGGAGGUGGGAAUGUUCCAAAUACCCAAAGGCCGUCUUCGGGCGUCCACUCCCAGUCGGCCACCGCCCCCAGGCCCAGCCAGGGCAGUACCCAUGUGCAGAUCCUGAGCAAGAAGAUUGACUUGUCUAAAGUGUCCUCAAAGUGCGGAUCAAAGGCGAACAUCAAGCAUAAGCCAGGGGGCGGAGACGUCAAGAUUGAAAACCAGAAGCUGAACUUCAAGGAGAAAGCCCAGGCCAAAGUGGGCUCUCUGGACAACGUGGGGCACAUCCCGGCUGGGGGCACCGUGAAGACCGAGGGGGGCGAGGAGGCAGCCCCGCAGAACGGAGCUGUGACCGCCCCCCCGCCAGGUGGCAGCCCCCCCACGCAGGAGAAUGGCGUAGGGCUGCCCACGCCCGCCCAGGGCGGCGGCGGCGGCGACCAAAGGGAAAUUCAGUGCUUCGACACUCACAUACAAGAAACAAAUUGAGUCCCACAAGCUGAUGUUCCGUGAGAAGGCCAAGGCCCGCACGGACCACGGAGCGGACCCCGCAGCCUCCAACCACCCCCCUGUCUUCUCCGGCGGCACCUCCCCACGGCGCAGCACCUCGGUCAGCGAAAGCCUGGCCUCGGCCGCCUCCACCUCUCUGCAGCCGCCGCUGCCACCGCCACCGCUGCUGCUGCCGCCGCCACGGCAGGCUCCCCUCGCAGAAGAGACGGCGGCCGCUCUUCCUCAGCAAGGCUUGUGACUGUGCCCCCUUCCCGUUCUCCUCCUGCCCUCCUCCCGCUCGCGAGAAGCUCAUCUCCCUUGACCCGGAGCCUAGCUUUGUUUGGCCCUGGAAAGGUGGGCUGGCCUCCCUGCUCCCUGGCGGGGGACCUGUCUGGAGUGCACCAGGCCUGCCCCCGAGAGCCUUUGUGGCCUCUGGCGGUCAGCUGGUCUCUCUGGGUGCAGAAAUGGGCUCCCCAGGCGCCCGGGGGGUGUCCGAGUGUGCGUUGGAGUUGUUUUGGUUUCGUCCCGUCCUUCUUGGCUUGCUGUGUGGGGACUAGGGAGGGAAUGCUGGUCUGCCCCACACGUGGCAGAGCCUGAGACCCAGGCAGGAAUCAGCUUUGCUGUCCUCUUCCCCCCGCCCUCCAGCACCCCCAUUUCCGCCUCCCCGCCCCCUUGCCCUGCGUCAUUUCGCGCUGCCUACUAUUUAAUGCUGGUCUAUAUAUUAUUAUUCUCACACAUGAUAAUUUCACUCUCUUUUGGAACUCUUUUAACUCCUUAACCUUUCUUCUCCACCCGCCCGCCAACCCUCCUCCUCCUCCUCCUCCUCAUUGUGAUUUUAAAAGUACAAUAAAGUGUUUGCCGAUUUCUGUCGCUGUUACCGCAGGCUCACCGCGCUCCCUUCCCUUCCCCCCUUCCCCUUUGCCAUAGGAGAAUUAAAAAAAAAAACUACGUUAACCGCUGCUGCAGUGCUGCUGGCUUCUUAUCGACAUAUCCAGCCAUUUUAACUGUGUUCUUUUUCUUUCGUUUUUUAAUUUUUUUCUUCAUUUGUGUGUGGUGUUUAUUUUUUGUGUGUGUUUAAAAAGGAAAAAAAAAAACUUUGAAAUGAUGGAGCAAAAAAAAAAAAGGCAUUAAGCCACGUUGGUUAAAAAUUCUUGAGGAUGCAUUGAGAGGAGGUUGUGGGGGGUGGAGGAAUGGUGUUCGCUGCUCCCCUCCC